AUAAGAGAGAGAGAGAGAGAGAGUACUGUACAAGCUAUCAUUCAUACCUUUGCAGCCUAUUUUUAUUGCACCUUGGGGGGUAGUUCUCUUCUCUUCAUAGCCCUCCAUCUGAGAGGUCUCUCAGAUAGAGAUCGUGAGAGGAGGGGUAAAGGAAGAAGCUAAGGGGGAAGCGAAGGUGGGGUUUUUCCCUCCCUUCUUCAUGUGGACUCUCUGUUUCAUUCUGUAAUUUUCAGCCUGAUCGGGACUUUUCUUUAGUGCAUCACAUGGACUCGGGCAUUUGGGAUCACUGGCUGUGGCCUCCGAGAAGCACUAAAUCUCUCUGUUUUCCGUCGUAGUUUUUCUCCGUUGGUUUGUUUGGUGCAUUUUAACAGGGAUCCUGGUGUUCUAGAGGGAGAGGAGAGGAGAGGAGAGAGAUGCUGAGGGGAAUGAACAAGGUCCAGAAAGAUCACUGCAAAGGGCAGCUGCUGUCUGAUUCCACCUCCGAUUCUUGCUUCUCCUCCAAUGGCUUGAUCCAGAAGGCCAGGAACGCCACACUGUUCAGUGUUCCUGGCCUCUUCGUAGGGUUCAGCGCCAAGGGCUUAUCGGAGUCCGACGCAGUCAGGAGCCCCACGUCCCCCUUGGACUACAAGGGGUUCUCCAACCUCGGCCAUUCCUUUCUCGGUUUCUCUCGAUCGGCAAGCCUGGAUGGGAAGCCCAGGUGCUGGGACCGCACCCGGGUAGGCCUGCGCCUGGUGGAUACCCUCAACGACGAGACCAAGCCUUGUGGGAAGCUUUUGGGGCUCUCCGAGAGCAGCAACAUACUGUUUGCUCCACGCAUGAGGAUCAACAUCUCUAGCCCCAAACCUCACCUUGUCGGCCCGGGAGAUGACUGCACAGGCGCAGCUCCCAAGUCUUUGCCGAAGGACUACCGCACUUCCCCACAGACUGGUAGAUCCAAAGGAGCUGAAUCAGAAUGUGGAGAGGUCGGAUUGCUGAGAUCUUGUUCGGUGGUGGUUAGCACAUCAUCCUCGACGCCAAUCGACUCCAAGUCCGAAUCUGAAGUCUUUGCAUCAGAUUCCAAGAGUUCCAUGGCGGAAGGAAGUGCCAAUUUUGACAAGCUUUCUGGGUCCCUCCCUGUCUCUAUUGGCGGCUCACCCUGUGGAGUCAUCGCUUCUCUUUCCGCUAGCGAAAUCGAGCAGUCGGAGGAUUACACCUGCAUUAUAUCGCACGGUCCCAAUCCUAAAACCACUCACAUUUUUGGAGAUUGCAUUCUCGAAAGCCACAGCUUUCCGUCGCGAGAUCUUAGGAAGAAGCAUAGAAAAGAUGAGGAACGGUCGGCCUGGAUGCUGAAGCCCUCCGAAGAAGAUGCACCGCCCUGCCCCUCCGGAGACUUCCUCCGCUGCUGUUUCUCUUGCAAGAAGAAGCUGGAGGAGGGGAAAGACAUCUACAUGUAUAGAGGUGAGAAAGCAUUCUGCAGCUGCGACUGCCGUGACCAGGAAAUUUUGAUGGAAGAAGAGAUGGAGGAGAAGCCCACGUUUGGUUCAUCUGGUUCGUCAACUUCGUCCUUUCACGAGGAGAUAUUUCUGGAGGACAUGACCAUGGCUGAGUAAGGCGGAGGUUUGCCAGAUUCCCGGCGCACGUUUGAUCCGCGAGCACUGAGAUUGCUACGGCAAGCAGCUUGAUCAUCCGUCUCUCAAGAGCUGUCUAUGUGAAUCUUUAGCGGCCAUGGAUGAUCAGCAUGUACAUUCAUUUGUUUGCUGAUUUCGUUACAGUGUCCGUGGUACUGUUGGUGGCGAACAUCUAUUAAUUGCCUACGCUCCUUGUCUUGGUAGACCUUUUCUCUUUCCUCUGAUGAUUUUGAUGAGAAAGGGUGUGAGCCACAGUGUAUGGCUCCCCCAUUUUUCCUGCUCUCUCCCAAGCGCGAAAUUUAUCGUCUCAUGACCCAUAUGAACUUGGUGAAUUGAUGAUUAUUGCAGAGCCACCACUUGGACUAA